UUCUAUGAAGAAGUGGAAACCCAGUUUGAAAAAUGGAGAUGUAUGAAACCCUUGGAAAAGUGGGAGAGGGAAGUUACGGAACAGUCAUGAAAUGUAAACAUAAGGAUACUGGACAGAUAGUGGCCAUUAAGAUAUUUUAUGAGACACCAGAAAAAUCUGUCAACAAUUGUGAAAUGAGAGAGGUUUUUUUUAUACAAUUUCAUCAUGAAAACCUGGUCAAUCUGAUUGAAGUUUUUAGACAGAAAAAGAAAAUUCAUUUGGUAUUUGAAUUUAUUGACCACACAGUAUUAGAUGAGUUACAGCAUUAUUGUCAUGGACUAGAGAGUAAACGACUUAGAAAAUAUCUCUUCCAGAUCCUUCGAGCAAUUGAGUAUCUUCACAAUAAUAAUAUCAUUCAUCGAGACAUAAAACCUGAGAAUGUUUUAGUAUCCCAGUCAGGAAUUACAAAGCUCUGUGAUUUUGGUUUUGCACGAACACUAGCAGCUCCGGGGGACAUUUAUACGGACUACGUGGCCACACGCUGGUACAGAGCUCCAGAAUUAGUAUUAAAAGAUACUUCAUAUGGAAAACCUGUGGAUAUUUGGGCUUUGGGCUGUAUGAUCAUUGAGAUGGCCACUGGAAAUCCCUAUCUUCCUAGCAGCUCUGAUUUGGAUUUACUCCACAAAAUUGUUUUAAAAGUAGGUAGGUAUUACUGA